CGUCCCUAUACAUAUUCAGCACUUCACGUAACUCCAUCAAAAUGCCCCUCUACGAACUCUUCUGCAUCGCCGUCCACAAUCCGGUCUCUUCUGUUAACCUCCGAGGCAUCGUCAACAUUGUUUCCACGCAGGUUCACCAGACUGGAGGUGUUGUUAGGGAUUUGAAAAAUCUGGGCAUCAACAUGACUUUACCCCAGAGGAUACGGAGGAUGAGACAAUACUACUCCACGGGAGACCACUUUACCAUGACUUUUGACACUUCUCCCAUCGUUUUGAAGAGGAUACACGAGACUCUCCGAAGCGACCCUUCAGUCAUCAAAUGGACUGUACUCAAGCGAGCAGACAAGGCGAAGGAGCUCGCUGCCCCCAGACAUCCCUCGAUUGACUUCCAGGAGAUCGGAGCCCCCGAGUCUCAGUACUAAAUUUUUGUCAUGUUGAAGAGCAUUGUUAGUUGUGCGAGUGGCCCAGGAUAUUGGCGAUGUGGCUUGCGGGAAGACCUGAAGAAGAGGAGAAUUUGUCGUCCGGUGGCAGCCGGUCAAUGGAGAGGAGAUGGAGAGAAGAGGAAAAGUCAAAGAUAUAGCUU